AUGCUUCUAGAUCGAGCUGACAGCAGUUACUUGACGCACGACUCAAUGAACGCCCGCAAGGCGCACAACAUAGGUCGCAACCACAUUUCCAACGUGCGCGACUACUUCGCCAACCUCGGGCGUGACGGGACGCAGAACCACAUCGACCAGAUUGUCACCAGCCAUGAGGGCGGUGGUCGCGCGCAGAUGUUUGCGGCGCCUAGCAUGCGUCUCGGUGCUGGGUUUAUGAACCCCAUGGCAACAGCGCCACAGGGAGGCUCCGCAUACCCACCGUUCCAGGGCGGCGCGCCCCCUCCCUUCCCACCGCGCCCGCCAUUCCCUCCCGGCCAGAACCAGGGCGGCUUUGGCAGCGGCGCACCUCCUCCAUUCCCUCCUUCCGGCGGCGCCGUGCCCCCCUUCCCUCCUCCUGGGCAAGGCCGCGGAGGGCCGCCUCGUCCUCCGCCUAACUUUACGCCACAGCAGGGUCCUCCCCCGCCUGGCAACCCCGGCGUUCAUCCUGACCGUAUGCGGAUGAUGAACCACUAG